GAGAAAUUGAAAGAGGAAAUUAAUAAAAUAAAGAUUGGAAUGGGGCUUGAAGCAGCUGAGAGGUGCCUAGCAAAGGAUGCUAUAGCUACAAAGAAGAGGGAUUUUGAGGAGCAACAGAGUUUCUUAGACUUGAAUAACCCUUCUUUUGAUCAACAAUGGACUAAUCCUACUCAUCAUCGUGACAAGAGACAGGCUGGUUUAUUUGGUCCAAUGCCAAGGGCAGAAGAAGUUCCCAUGAACUUGAAUUUGAAUGCAACAGAGGAGCCUAAGCUGAAGCCAUUAACACAACCUAUUUGGAGGAACAAUAGAAGAUCAUGGACACCACCGCUUCAUGCUAAGUUUGUCAUGGCUCUUCAUAUGCUAGGAGGUCCUGAAGUAGCUACACCCAAACAAAUAAGAGACCAUAUGCAGAUUGACGGGUUGACUACCAAUCAAGUGAAAAGCCAUUUGCAGAAAUACAGGAUUAUCUGGAGGAGCUCUCAAUAUAAUACAACUGAGUAAUCAAAGUUGUUCUCUUCUCAAGGCCACCUGUUGCCAGCAUCAUCACCAUGGAAGACAAUCUUAAGUACUUCAAUUAUAUACUUUUCCUUUUCUUUGUUUCUUUUAAUAGAUAAAAGAACUCUCAGUGCAUGCAUGGCAAGCAUUACUGUCAUAAAACAGAAAGACUAUUCCUGGUGAUUUUAUAAAUUAUAAUGAACUUUUAUUUGGUAUACAAUUUGGAAGCAUUUAGCCUUA